AUCUUCAGCUAUAUAAUUUUAUAUGCAUAUUUUAAAAUGUUUUAUAGGAGCAAAAGAAGCAGAAAAUGCAAUUAAUCAGUCCAUAUCAUUGAAACCAAAUGUACAUUCUUCAGACAAAAUGUUAAAUCGGCAUAAGAGUUGUGCUAUUACAGAAUUAAAUAAUCUUUCAAAUUCUCUUUGGAAAAAAUCUCCCAUUUAUAAAGAUCUUACUGCUGGACCAAUGAGUACUUGUCAAGCAGAAGUGAUAUUACCAAAUGGAAAAAACUUCAGCAGUAUUAUUUCUCCUUCAAUUCAAAAGGCAAGAGAGAGUGCAGCAGAACAAGCAUUAGCUUUCAUGAAAAGAAUUAAUAAUACUCCUGUGAUAUGGAAAACUCAUAAUCCAUUUGUAAAUUUAGGAUCUUGUAUCCGUCCAAAUUCUGCCUUUUCUCCUAAUAUUUCAGCUUAUAGUCCAAUUAAUAGUUACACGGUUCCACAAUUUCCAUUUUCCCAUCAACGUGCGCCUACAGGUGAUACAUUUUUGAUGCGACAUCCUCCUCCUCCACCUACGGCAUUCAUACCUGAAUCGUUUGUAAAUUCUAAUCGUCAGAUUUUGGAUGGUCCACUUUCAGUUGCCUCACAAAUAAACCAUACAAUGAACAAGCCUCCUUUCUUUAUUUCAAACAGUACAAAAAAAUCUGUUGUAAAUAAAACAUGUGAAAUUACAAGAAAAACAGAAUUUAGUCAAAAACAAUUAAAAAAUGAAAGAAAUGACAGUUCUGACAUGUUUGUGCCUUUGCAGGUGACAAAACAGCAGUCUGCUUUAAAAAAGAGUCAGGAAGAAAAUAAAACUUCAACCAAAUCCUCACAAGAAAGUAAUUCUGCAGGAGGUAAAAACAAAUCUUCGCAAUCUUUGCCGAAAAAAGAAACACAAACAAAAAAGAAACAACAUAGAAAGUCAAGGUUAGCUGUAAAAUUUGGAAAUGAUGGUAGUUAAUUAUUAAAAAUCUCAAAGCAAAUUUGGCUACCAUGUAGCAUUAAGAUGUUUUAUUUGGAAUGAACAGAUGUUUUUAAUCUAAAAGAUAGAAAAACUGUAUAUAUUUAUAUAUAUAUACAAACAUUAUAAUUGUCUUAAAGAUUUUAAUAUUUUGUAAAGUACAUUUAUUUUCAUUAAUGGAUUGUUUCCCAUAUUAUUUUUAGCGACUAUCUACUGCGUAUAGAAAUUGUAUAAUGUUGACACCAAACAAAACAUUUGUAAUUAGUUCUCUUUUUCCUGUUUUCUACCUCCAAACUUAAUAUGAAAGCGAUGUAUGUUAGUAGCAUUUCAAUUGAGUUUUUUAAACAAACAAUGCUGAAAUUACAAUAAAAAUAUUUUAUUUUUUAAAUUUGUGAUUUAUUUUUAUACCUUCAAAUUUCUUUUUUUUUUUGGGUGUCCUUAACAUUUUAAGAGGUAGUCUGAGUAACAAAUGUUCCUGGUUACACAAACACAUUUUGUCUCCUUGCUUGAGUCAUAUCAUGUAUUCCUUACUCCAUUAAAAUUAGCCAAAAAAAUAUGCAGUAUAUAAUUAGAUUAAUUUGUCUUUCUUUAACCAACAAAACUAUUUGUCAAAUAGGUGACAUCACUUUUCUUUACAAAACAAUAGCAUAGAGGCUUUUUAUAUUUACAAUACUUUAAAUAUGGUAUGGUAUGUGGUUGAAAACAUUACCAUAUGCAAAGGUCUGGUAACUUAAUGUAAUAAAAAUAUUUUGAUCUUCAAAUUUACAAUUAAUUUUGAUUCAUAAUUUAUAGAAUAUGAUUAUGGGAUACAGAAGGCAUUUCAAAAAGAAUCUAGUGAGUUUGUUAAAUCUAUUAGCGAAACAAUUACUAUUAGCAUCCAGUAUAUUUUAAAAUAUACUUGAUGUGAUAUUUUUGGCAAUAUUGUGCUUAUAAGUUACUCCCUCCUAGCAUCAACAAUAUCUGGACCCUUACAUAAUGACUCUUCAAAGAAAUGAUAUUCUAGAACAGUGUUCUUCAACCUUUUCACACCUGCAGACUGGCAAAAAUAGGAAUAUUUCGCAGACCGGCAGAAGGCUAAACAUAAAUUUUCUUAGACACGGGUGAUGUGUGCAACUGUCAUAACUUUAUUCAAACAAUUGCAAUAAUCAAAAAUAAUUAAAAACUGUUUACAUUAAUUACAAAUUUAAAAUCUUGUAAUUACAAAAUUUCCUGCCAGUCUACAAAUUUCUUAUGGACCAGCACUGGUCUACAGAAUCAAGGUUGAAGAACAUUAGUCAUACUGAUUAACUUCAAGAUAAGUGUAUUAAUGUCACCUAGACAAUGAUGAUUCACUUACAAUGAAAGAAUUAU